AUGGCAUUCCUAGAAUUAACAGCUGAUAUCUCACAACCUUUUGUUAUUCCAAACAUCUCACCUGUCUCACAACAGAGUUCAAGAAAAAAUUCAGAUGCUGACGUUACGGCCUUGGACGAAAUCGACAAGUUCUUAAACAGUAUUAACGAUAGAACUGCUGUCUGUGAAGAUGUAUUGGAAAGUUCAGAUCAAAUCAGUGCGCAUAGCGGAUUUCGUGCAAGAAAGGGUUCGUUGACCCUCUUGUAA